AUGAUGGUGCGCAAGCGCGACAGCUCCACGCUGCGCCUUCUCAUCACCCUGAUCCACUUGUCUGUGUGGGCCCAGCUGGGGGUCGUCACCCGCGCCUUCCUGGGCAAGUUCUUCAUCCUGGGAUGCGGCGGCGGCUGGGGGCCCUGCCUGGCAGGCAGCCUGUACUUCAAGGACCUCCCCUCCAACAUGCUGGGCUCCUUCAUCAUCGGCCUCUUCGCCGCUUCCUCCACCCUGGGCCUGGCGGUAGACAAGGCGCUGGCGCUGCUGCCCAAGGGCCACCCCUGGCAGUCCAACUUCGAGCUGCAGAUCGGCAUACGCACCGGCUUCUGCGGCUCCCUCACCACCUUUGCCUCCUGGUUCCUGGAGCUCAUGGUGCCAGCCAUCCAGCAGAACCUGUGGGUGGAGGCGGGCGCGGGGCUGCUAGUGGGCCUUCUGGCCGCCAUCGGCUCAUACAGCGCGGGCCUGCACGCCGCACUGGCAGUGGACAGGUGGCUGGUCGGGGAGAAGGAUGUGCUGGAGCAGCUGGAGCGGUACCGCUCCUCCCAGAUGCAGCACCUGGAGGGGCUGCGGCGGGACAGCGGAGAGCUGCCGCAGGAGGAGCUGAUGCUGGAGGCGGAGCCCGACCUGCCUCGCAUCAUCACUCACGAGCCUGCCGAGCUGGUUGAGAUGCACCGCAAGCUGCACCAGCUGGAUCCGCCGCCAGCGGAUGGCGGCAUCGCCGCCGACGGCGCGGCGGCGGACGCCGAGGCGGCGGCGGACGCCGCGGCGGGCAAGGGCGGCAAGGGUGGCGGCGCAGCCGCGGCCGCCGCGCACCAGGCCGGCGGGCAGCCGCCGCAGCGCAACGGUGGCGUGGGCGCCGGCGCGCCCGGCGCGGCGCCGCCGCCGCCGCCGGAGCGCCAGCUCAGCGUCGCCGACUUUGGAGCCAGCCUGCGCGGGUCCCGCACCGACGCAGCCGCCCUGCUGCUGCUGGCGGCCUUCACUGCUCUAGCGGGGCUGGGACUGGGGCUGCAGGAUGAGCACACCUGGCUGCGCACCAUCUGGGCCUCGGUGCUGCUGGGGCCGGCCGGGUGCAUCCUGCGCUGGUACCUCAGCCGGUUCAACUACAAGCUGCGCGGCAGCUGGGACUGGCUGCCCGCAGGCACCUUUGCCGCCAACAUGCUGGGAGUGACCAUCGACUGCGCGCUGCAGUGCGUACUGCAGAGGCGGUACGAGGCAGCCGGAUACUGGGGCGUGCUGUGGCUCACCGCGGUACAGUCUGGCUUCUGCGGCAGCCUCACCACGGUAUCCACCUUUGUCACAGAGGUGGUCAAGUUUGCCGACGCCAUCCCCGAAAACUUCCACGCCUACACAUACGCCGCCAUGUCGCUGGGGGGAGGCGCCGCCCUGUUCCUGGCGCUGUUUGGGUGGUCGGUGUGGGCGUGA